AUGGAGUCUAAAGGUGGCCUCAAGAAAUCCGGUAGCAGUAGUUCGUUACAGUAUGAAGCUCCUCUAGGUUACAGCAUUGAAGAUGUUCGACCUAACGGAGGAAUCAAGAAGUUUCGAUCUGCUGCUUACUCCAACGUAAGUAGAGGAAGAAUCAAAGUUGUCACGCUUAAUGUCACUUUCUUUUUUUUGCCCAUUUCUGAUCAAUUAUCGUCUCUGGUAUUGGCAGUGCGUGAGGAAACCAUCCUGA